GCGGCACCGGGGGCCGGGCCGGCGCCCCGCAACCCCCCCAGUGCUUUUAAAGCCAGGUCCAGCUCGGCCCCGGGCGCGCACAGGCAUCGCCGGCGGCACCAUGGCGCCGGGGGGCUGCUUCCUCCUGGGGCUCCUCAUCCUCGCGGCAGAGCUGGGCGCCGCGGCGGAGGGCAGCGCCCGCGCCGGUGCCUGCCCCCCGCCAGCAGCGCGGCCCGGCCUCGCGCCCUGCGCCGACGCCUGCGCCGACGACCGGGGGUGCCCGGAGGAGCAGAAAUGCUGCUUUACCGGCUGCGGCCUCGGCUGCGUGACACCGCGGGGAAACAGCAGUGGUGACUUUCCACCCCCUGAGGACGUGGACUGGAGCCUGAGUCAUGCGGAGCCGAGUGACCUGGGGAAGCCCCAGAAGCCGGGCAGCUGCCCGCGGGACUUCACGCGCUGCCUCCGGCCGGAGCCCCCGCUCUGCGCCAACGACUCCGGCUGCCCUGGCUGGCAAAAGUGCUGCCACCGCGAGUGCCGGCUCCGCUGCACGCCGCCGGCCGAAGAGAAGCCCGGCGUCUGCCCCGCGGCCAUCCCGGAGGGGCUCUUUUAUCCCUGCUCCUUCCAGUGCCUGGAGGACAAGGAUUGCCUGGGAAAUAAGAAGUGCUGCCUGCUCGGCUGCGGCCCUGCCUGCCUGGUGCCGGUGCAGGAUCCCUGCGGGCUGCCGGCGCCGAUGGGGCGCUGCGCCGGCUACGUGCGCCGCUUCUUCUACAACGGCACCGCGGGCGAGUGCCAGGCGUUCCUCUACGGCGGCUGCGGCGGAAACCCCAACAACUUCGCGAGCCGGGCGGCGUGUCUGCGCGCCUGCACCGGCCGCGGCGACCCCGGCGAGUGCCGAGACGACGGCGACUGCCCCGACGCGCAGAGAUGCUGCAACGGCAGCUGCGGCCCCCCGUGCCAGCCCGCGGGCCCGGCCGCACCCACCACCCAGGCCCCGCUCCGCACUGCGGGGGAGGCCAGCCCGGCCCCUGCCACCGCGGAGCCGCAGCACCGGGAGCCGCACCACCGGCGGCGAUGCCACCGCGACCGGGACUGUCCCCAGGGCGAGGCGUGCUGCCAGCACCGGUGCAGCCGCGAGUGCCACGCGCACCACCGAGAGGGAGCCGCCGCGGCGCCCGCCUCCCCGGAGCCGCACCACCGGCCACGGUGCCAUCACGACCGGGACUGUCCCCAGGGCGAGGCGUGCUGCCGGCACCGGUGCAGCCGCGAGUGCCACGCGCACCACCGAGAGCGGCACCCGCGGAAGAGCUGCCGCAGUGACGGGGACUGCCCGGGCACCGAGACGUGCUGCGGGCACCGCUGCAGCCCCCACUGCCACACCGGGACGGAGGGGGUCCCAGCGGCCGCGCCGGUCUGGCGCGGGGGGCCGAGCUGCCGGAGCGACGGGGACUGCCGCGGAGGGGAGCUGUGCUGCGGCGCCCGGUGCGCCCGGGAGUGCAGCCUGCGGAGCCAAGGGAAGCCGGGCUUCUGCCCCGCCAGCCCCGGGCUCUACUCCAGCUACGACUGCCAGGGCCGGUGCCGGGGGGACGGCGACUGCCCCGGCGAGCAGAAGUGCUGCCUGCGCGGCUGCGACUACGUCUGCCUGCCCCCGUCCCGAGAGAAGCCGGGAAUCUGCCCACUGAGCGAGGAGAUCGUCUCCAUCGCGCCCUCGUGCAGGUCCUCGUGUGCCGAAGACCGGCAGUGCCCGGGCGACGAGAAGUGCUGCGAUAGCAGGUGUGGCCACAUGUGCUUGGCCCCCGAGCGAGACAAACCCGGCGAGUGCCCCAAGGUGAGGCCGCGGCGGACGUCUGAGCCGUGCACGGAGGAGGAUGCCUGCGUGCACGACCGGGACUGCGCCAGGCAGGAGAAGUGCUGCUUCGCCGGCUGCGCCAUGCGCUGCGUCCGCCCCGCCAGAGAGCACCCCGGGACGUGUCCCCCGGCGCCGCCGUGCCGGGACCCCGCCGGCAGGCAGGGCAACCAGUGCCUGGACGACGGCAUCUGCCCGCGGGACGAGAAGUGCUGCGACACGGGCUGCAGCUGGCAGUGCGUGGCCGUGCCCGGAGAAAGCCAGGACCGGGCUGCUGGGCGGUGCACGGACGAGUGCAGCGCCGACACGCAGUGUCCCCGGGGACAGCGGUGUGCCAGCAGCGGCUGCGGCCGCGUCUGCAUGGACGUCCCCGGAGGGGGGGUGGGCGCCUGUCCCGUCCCCAGGGACCGCGGGACCUGCUUGGACCUGUGCAGCUUCGACGAGGAGUGUCCCUGGGGCCAGAAGUGCUGCAGCAACGGCUGCGGCCACGUGUGCACGCCGGCCUCCCUCGGAGAGAGCGACGCUGCUGCCGUGCCGCAGCGCAGUGCCGGGCAGUGCGGGGAGGAGUGCAGCGCUGACACACAGUGUCCCCGGGGACAGCGGUGCGCCAGGACCGGCUGCGGUCGCGUCUGCGUGGACGUCCCCGGAGGGGGGGCGGGCGCCUGCCCCGUCCCCGGGGGCCGCGGGACCUGCUUGGACCUGUGCAGCUCCGACGAGGAGUGUCCCUGGGGCCAGAAGUGCUGCAGCAACGGCUGCGGCCGCGUGUGCACGCCGGUGCCGGGCGGUAAGGCAGCGCGCGGAGCCCCGGCGAUGCCAACACCUCAACUGAGCCCAGCUGGGGCCCGACCUUCGCGGCUGCCCGCAGCCCCAUGGCCAUGGAGGGAGCUGCCGGUCCUCCCACGCCGCAGCCCCCGGGAUCCCUAACGCACAUCCCCAUUUCCAGAUGCUGCGUGACAGGAGAGCGGCACCUCCACGCCGGGAAGCCGCCGUUGCCGGGGGGGUGCUGGCCGGUCCCGGUGCCGAGCCGGCCCGUCCCCUCCCGCAGCUGGCAGCAAUAAAGCGAGCGUGCGCCC